AUGUUUUGUUUGUGUUCGUACAGCAAAUUUUGCUGGAACUCUUAUCAGUGCAAGGGAUUGUGUGUUUUUUAGGACAUGGAUUUGGGGUGUUGAAAAAUCAGAAUCUUGUACGUAGGACAUUCGCAGUUGCUGCGUAAAUACACGAGAUGUCAAUUACUGUAGAAAUUAAGCUUCGCCGAGCGAAUAAAGUUUACUACGAAGGGGAAACGGUUUCGGGAGUGGUUCAGAUCGUUUGUGGAUCCGAAACGAAGCAUGACGGUAUUGUGCUCACACUGGAAGGCUCGGUGAACCUUCAAAUCAGCAACAAGAAUGUGGGAAUCUUCGAAGCAUUGUACAACAGUGUCAAACCGAUCACCCUCCUCAACCAGCACUCCGAUCUUGCACCGUCCGGGAAGCUACCCAUCGGUACGAGCGAAUUUCCAUUCGAAUUUCCUCUCAUCUGUCCGAAAGAACCGAAAACGCUGUACGAAACGUAUCACGGUGUGUUCGUUAACAUCACGUACAUGCUGCGGUGUGACAUCAAGCGUAGCUUUCUGGCCAAAAGUGUGCAAAAGACGCAACAGUUCAUCAUCCAGUAUCGGCCAGUAGUGGAACGUCCCGCAAAGGAGGUACAAUUCUCGAUCAGUCCCGACACGCUACAAAAAACGGCAAAGGAACGCAUUUCUAUUCCACGGUUUCUGAUUUCCGGCACGCUCGAUUCGACUGACUGUUGCGUUACGAAACCAUUCACCGGAAGCGUGACGGUGCAUCAUACGGAGGUGGCCAUUAAGUCGAUCGAAAUACAGCUGGUGCGGGUGGAAACGUGCGGCUGUGCCGAGGGUUAUUCGCGUGACCCAACCGAGAUACAGAACAUUCAGAUUGCGGACGGCAAUGUGUGUCCGAAGGUGGCGAUACCGAUCUACAUGACGCUGCCAAGGCUGUUCACAUGUCCCACGUUGAUAACAAAGAAUUUUAAAGUUGAAUUUGAAGUGAAUCUCGUUAUAAUUUUCGGUGAUGAUUAUCUGGUGACGGAAAACUUUCAAAUACUCCUGAACAGAACGGCGUAAAGUAUGUUUUGGCAGGAGAAGUUGUCCUCAUUCCAACGGUUUGAUUUUCGAAAGCAAUAAAAUAAUCAGUGAAACACCUACACUCGGUAAGAUGAA